CAUACUACAUCUUGUUCUUGAUGCUACAACAGUCAUGAAAUGGGAUUUAAAAGCAAUUAGAUGUAGACAAUGCAUUCUUACAUGUUGAUGUACUAUUGUGAAUAAGACAUUUGUCAUAUUUAUGCUCAAGUCUGUAAAUGCAUUGUUGAUAAUUAAUCCUAGAAACUCAAUAAAUGAAUUGCUCUUUUGAUCAUCUUCUUCGCUUUUGUUCUAUAGACAAGCAGAGUCAUCAUGCCUAAAGUGUUUAAAUUCUUAAACAAAUUUAAUUUAAUUUUUAACAUUUUGAAAUAAACAAAAUACAAACAAAUGUAAAUAUUAUAAUAGAUAUAGUUUAAACAAAGAAAACCAAGUCACAAAAUGUUUUGUGAUUUCAAAACUUUCUAUAAAAUGCAUAUAAGAGUGUGACACUUCGAUAAAAGAAGUUAUAAAAAAUAAAAGAGAAAUGCCGCCCAAAAAAAAAGAAAGAAAGAAAGAGUAAUAGUAAUAUUUUGCGUGACGUCAGUGGUCAGGUGAUCUCUCUACCUUAAACGCAAGCGUUCGAUUGGUACUUGCCACCAACCUUCGCUAAAGUCGUCGUCUACCUCUUCCGAUCACAGCUUCUUUGCCUUUCGCUGAUCCCAGUCCGGAGAUGGCUAUUUCCUCAAUUCCACACUCAGCGUCUCUUCUUGUUCUACUAUUGCUCGUUAUCGUUUCCGUCAAUGGAGAGUACCCGCCGCGUCUUCUGCUGGAAGCUCAGGCAGAUAAAGAUUGGUUAGUCUCCGUGAGAAGACAAAUCCACGAAAACCCAGAACUCCUUUACGAGUUGCACCAAACCAGUGCCCUCAUUCGCCGCGAGCUCGACCAAUUAGGAGUCUCCUACACCUACCCCGUCGCCAAAACCGGAAUCGUCGCUCAAAUCGGGUCCGGUUCACCUCCGGUUGUUGCUCUCCGUGCCGACAUGGACGCCCUCCCCUUGCAGGAACUGGUCGAGUGGGAUCACAAGAGCAAAAUCGAGGGCAAAAUGCAUGCUUGCGGCCACGAUUCUCACACCACUAUGCUCCUUGGUGCUGCCAAGUUGCUUACCAAACGCAAACAUAUGCUCAAUGGAACAGUGAGGCUUCUCUUCCAGCCUGCGGAAGAAGGUGGCGCUGGUGCUUUUCAGAUGAUGAAAGAGGGUGCUUUGGGUGAAUCUGAAGCCAUCUUUGGAAUGCAUGUUCAUCAUGGCUUGCCUACAGGACAAGUAUCAAUUAUCUCUGGUCCUUCUAUGGCAUCCACCAGCAUUUUCAGUGUAAGAAUAUUCAGUGGAGGAGCUUCUUCUUGUGUUGAUCCACUCUUGGCUGCUUCAUCUACCAUCUUAGCUUUGCAGCAUAUAGUCUCCAGAGAAGCAGAUCCUCUCUUAAGCUACGUGCUGUCUGUUACGUUUAUGAAAAGCAGCGGCGCUUCUGAUGAGAUUCCACCGUAUGUAGUAAAAUUUGGGGGAACUUUGAGGAGUCUUACGACCCAUGGCAUGAACUGGUUGAGACGCAGGAUGAAAGAGGUGGUUGAAGGAGAAGCUCAAGUACAUAGAUGCCAAGCGGAUAUAGACAUGCAUGAAGAAGAUCAUCCUAUGUAUCCAGCCACUGUGAACGAUCACAAGUUACACGAGCACGCUGAAAGGGUUCUGAAGCUCUUGGUUGGACCCGAGAAUGUCAAACCGGGUGACAAGAUAAUGGCGGGCGAAGAUUUUGCCUUCUAUCAACAGAAAAUACCAGGUUACUACCUAGGAAUCGGUAUCAGAAACGAACAAGUCGGUUCUGUGCAUUCGGUUCAUUCACCUUAUUUCUUCCUUGAUGAAAAUGUUCUUCCCAUUGGAUCAGCAGUGUUUGCUGCCUUAGCCGAGAUGUAUAUUCAAGACCAUCAAAAUCAAACCAAGUCUGGACAAGACAAAACUCAGAUGUAAAGUUUCUUUGUUACUUUUACCCCUUCACAAAUAAAAGUUAUUGUGCAAUUUAUACAUUGAAAUUAACCUACUGAGUUUCAGUUUUCUGAUUCUUAACUACAACAAGUACUUCUAGUAGUCAA